CUUUGAUGCAGUGUGUGUGUGGGAGACGGAGGCUAAUGGUGCAGGCUGUGGAGUCACACACUCCCCAGAGAACUGGGCCGUGAAUGUCCUCCCAAAGGCAGAAGUACUAACCAGUGUGUGUGCCGGGGGGCGGUACCAGAGGUCCAGGACGGGGGCAGGUGGCUAUUUCUCUGAAAGUACAGUAUGCUCUCAGUUCUUUGUUUCAUCCGCUGCGAUCAGGAUGAGAAGAGUGCUGCUCAUUGUUUGUCUGCUUCAGGUAGCACAGGCAACGCCAGUGGGUCCCGGUGACCCUGUGGUCUCUGUGAAGAAUGGACAAAUCCGAGGGGGGUUUGUGCCGGUAAAAGGCACAGACCGGCGGGUGAAGCAGUACCUGGGGAUUCCUUUUGCCCGGCCCCCGGUUGGACCCCUCCGCCUGGCGGCACCCCAGGAAGCGGAGCCUUGGGAGGGGGAGCGAGACGGCACACGCCAGCCCCCUAUGUGUGUCCAGGAUGUAGAAAUAGUCGUGAAUGUUUCUAGGGUCAUGUCGAUAGUAUUCACCCCCCCUGAGAUUUCAGAGGACUGUCUGUAUCUGAACAUCUACACUCCAGCUGAAGCCACACCUGACGACAAGCUGCCGGUGAUGGUGUGGAUCCAUGGAGGAGGUCUGGCAAUGGGUGCAGCCUCUCAGUAUGAUGGGGCUCCAUUAGCUGCCUAUGAAAACAUAAUAACCGUCAUUAUUCAGUACCGCCUUGGCUUUCUGGGAUUCCUGAGCACCGGGGACCAACAUGCUCGGGGCAACUGGGGCUUCUUGGAUCAGCUGGCAGCUCUGAGAUGGGUGAGGGACAAUAUCCAAGCCUUUGGAGGAGAUCCUCAACGUGUCACAGUCGCUGGUGAAUCUGCAGGAGGCAUCAGUGCCUCCAUACUGACUCUGUCUCCACAAGCCAGUGGACUGUUUCAGAGGGCAAUCUUUCAAAGUGGAGUAGCGACACUCGUGUCCCAGGCUUCAAGCAAUCCGUUAGCUCAUGCCGAGAUCAUUGCCAACCUGACUGGAUGUGACCACAGCAGCACUGAGGGACUGGUCCAGUGUUUGCGCGGGAAAACGACGGCGGCGUUGACUGACGCCACCAAAAAGAUGAAGAUCUACCUGGGAGCCGCGGUGGACGGUGUGAUACUAAAAGACACUGCCGAGGAGCUGCUCAAGAGGAAAGAGCUGCUGAAGGUUCCGGUGCUGAUGGGAAUAACCAACCAUGAGUUUGGAUGGAUCCUUCCCCAGAGUUUCGCUCCUCCCGGCUGGGUGAACGGCAUGAGCAGAGAGUCUGUGCUGCCAGUGAUGAAUAUGUUCAACCCUGCAGGGGCGUCCCAUGCCAACAGCAUCAUUGCUGAUGAAUACCUGAAAGAUGCUAAAACACCAGAAGAGAUCAGAGACGGCUUCACUGAGAUCAUUGGAGACCUGCUGAUGGCGCUGCCUGUGAUCAAAGUGGCUGGCUAUCACGCGGAUGCAGGUGCUCCAGUUUAUCUGUAUGAGUUCAUAUACCGAGCUGCGCUCCACCAGCAGAACAGACCCAGCUUUGUGAAGGCAGAUCACGCAGACGACGUCGGCUUCAUGUUCGGUGGAUGUUUCUGGGCUGGACAUAUCAAAAUCAUUGGAAACAUCACCAAGGACGAUGAAAGAUUUUGCAGGACUAUGAUGGGGUACUGGGCUAAUUUUGCUCGUACUGGCUCUCCCAACGGUGCUGGUCUGGUCAGCUGGCCUCAGUAUGACAAUCAGAAGCAAGAUUACAUGGAGCUGGGCCUGACACCGACCGUGAAGCAAAAACUCAAGGAGCACAGGGUCCACUUCGCCUCCGUCACCCUCCCUCAGAAGCUGCAGCAGUUGGCAGCUGCCAAAGCUGGAAACUAAGCUGUAGAAUUGUUGAUGCUAGGUUCUCACGUGUUUUAUAACGUGUACUUGGUAAUGCAGCUGUAAUAAAGGUAUAUAUACAUAAUAAAGAAUAUAGUUUGAUUGCAAAGAA